UUUGUGUUGUAAAUUAAUUUAUAACAAACAUGUUCUCAAGAAGAUUAGCUGGUGCAUCCUCUCUUCAUUUAGCCAAGAGACCACAUUUCACUUGAAAGCCAGUCAGGAUGUUCAGCGGUGAGGAGGCUUCCGAAGAGGCCAGACCAGAGCUGACCGAGGAGCAGAAGGAGAGAUAUAGAACAACCUGGGGCCUCAAAUUCGAUGAUUCCUGUAUACAACAAGAGAAAGAGUGGGAGGAAAUCGCAGAAGAGACCAACAAAAGGCAGAUGGAACACCUCAAGGAGGAGCUCUCGGACUACCAGAUGAAGAGAGUCGAAUUCGUUGCAGACAAAUUUGUAGUCCUCACAGCUUUCGAGCAAAGAUAUUUAGCAGCUUUAAUCCAGAAGAGGGUUGCCAGAGUCGCUGGAAUUAAUCCCCUCAAGUUGAAUAUGGACUGGCCUUCUGUUAAGAUGGACUCUGACGGAACCUGGCCACCUCUCAAUCCUGACUGGUUUAAACAACAAGACAUUAUGGAGCAUAUGGGGUCAAUAAUGGGCGGAGCAGGCGGUGGAGCGGAACCAGCCGAGGAGGAAGAAGCUGCGGACACAGGAUCAGAGACAAAAGAAAAAGACACAUUCGAUGUUGAGUUAAGUGGAUUUGACGCAAAGAGUAAAAUUAAGCUAAUCAAGGAAAUCAGAGGUAUUUUCUCUCUCGGACUGAAGGAGGCCAAAGAGACUGUCGAAGGUGCUCCACUCUGGCUGAAGAAGGGUUUGAAGAAAGAAGAGGCAGAUGAGCUUGUUGAGAAAUUAACAGCAUUAGGAGCUGAACUAAAAAUAGUAUAA